UCUGGAAAUAACAUACAUAAACUCCGUCCUGCUUCGUUCUUUAUCAACAUGAGCAAGCUGCAUAUUGUGGACGUCUCUCGUAACUGGAUCAACAGUUUAUGUGAAGAAGAUUUGUUUCAUUUUCAAGGUGUCUCAGCAUGAAUCACAGGAAUCCCUGUUUUAUUCUGCCACUUCUUAAACUUGGCAUCUCCCUUUUUGUGGCAGAAUCGACUUCACAAUGCCUGAUUAGAGAUGAGAAAGCUUACUGUGCCCUGAGAAACCUGUAUGAGAUGCCAGCUUUGCCUCCGUAUAUAACUUAUUUGGAUCUAAGCAUUAAUUACAUUAGUGAAAUUUCAGAGGAAUCCUUCAAUGGUUUGGAAGCGCUGCAAAUUCUUAUGAUUCAGCAACAGGAAAGAAGACUAACCUUGAGGAAUAACGCCUUUAUUGGCCUGUCCAGUCUGACAACACUAGACCUAGCAUACAACAUGAACCUACAAGUGGAUCCAGGAGCUUUUAAUGGAUUAAUCAACCUUCAGAUCCUCAAUCUUACACGGUGCACGUUAAGUGACUCUAUUCUUUCGGGAGAUUACCUGAGACCCCUUGUGUCUCUGGAGCAGCUUUCACUAUUUAGAAAUAAUAUACAUAAACUCCGUCCUGCUUCGUUCUUUAUCAACAUGAGCAAGCUGCAUAUUGUGGACGUCUCUUGUAACUGGAUCAACAGUAUAUGUGAAGAAGAUUUGUUCCAUUUUCAAGGCAAACAUUUCACUAGUUUAAAACUGCAGGAUAUCAAAAUGUUGGACAUGACUCCAUAUUGGCCUGGAUGGGUUAAAUGUGGAAACCCGUUCAAGGACAUGUCUAUGACGGUGCUUGAUUUGUCUCAAAAUAGCUUCAGUGUUGACAUAGCAGUGCGGUUCUUCAAAGCAAUCAGAGGAACCAAAAUACACAAACUGAUUCUUAACUCCAGCGGCAGCAUGGGAAAGGGAGUUUGGUUCAACAAUAUGAAAGACCCAGACCGCGAUACAUUUAAGGAUUUGGCUGAGAGUGGCAUUAAAGACCUGGAUCUGUCCAAAGCUAGAAUUUUUGUGCUUAAAAAUUUAGUAUUCAGUCACAUGCCAGACCUGGUGGAACUCUCGUUAGCUAAUAACUUAAUCAACCAGAUUGAAAGUGAAGCUUUUUAUGGCCUGGACAAGUUACAAAAACUGAAUCUGGAUCAUAACCUUUUGAAUAAAAUUCAGUCUGGAACAUUUAAAAAUUUGCCCAGUCUCAAGACACUUGAUUUAUCUAAUAAUAACUUAAAACUACUCAUGUCUGGCUCAUUUCAAGGACUGCCCAAUCUAGCUAACCUCUUUCUCUCUGAAAAUUCAUUACAAUCUCUGCAUACUCUGGCAAACCUUCCAUCACUUAGAUUACUUUACGUAGACAAUAACAAAAUCACAUCCCUGUACGGUCUACCAAGCCAGGUACGAAACAUCACAGAUAUUGAUUUGAGGUUCAACAGAUUAAGUGACGCUGCAAACUUCUAUACUAUAUUAGGGGAAUUCCACAAAGUUGAAAAAGUCUAUCUAGGAGGCAAUGUGUUUUCAUGGUGUUUUCUUAAUGCAAACAAUUCCGUGUCACCUUUAAACAAUGUACAAUUUCUAGAUCUUCAAACUACUGUCUUGCAAAAUGUCUGGUUACAAGGAGAGUGUCUCAACAUGUUUGACCGUCUUCACCAGUUGCGGGUGCUUCUUCUUAAAAAUAACUUCAUACAGUCACUUCCAGAAAACAUCUUCAAGGGUCUGACGUCUUUGAAUUUUUUAGAUUUAUCCAUGAACUCUUUAACCUAUAUACCUAACGGCAUAUUUCCCAAAAGUCUGAAAACACUCAACCUUGCCUACAAUCAGCUGGGUUCUGUGGAUACACAAGCCUUCAGCACCCUGACACUUAUCAGCUUGUUUGGGAAUACCUUUCUUUGCGAUUGCGGCCUAAAAGACUUACAGACAUGGUUAAAUGAGACAGGUGUGCAAAUGGAUUCCCCUGCUGAGGAACUGAUGUGUGAGUUUCCCGAAGCACAACGAGGGAAGCCUCUUCUGCAGGUGAAACUACUAUGUAAGGACACAGAGGAUGAGAAGAACAUCGAGGAGCUGAGGCUUACACUUUUCAUUUGCUGCACCAUAAUUGUUAUUCUAACCACCACAGGGGCCAUUAUUUUUAUCCAGAUGCGUGGCUACCUCUUCAAGCUUUACAGAAAGGUGAUUGUAAGAUUCGUGGAAGGAGCGCCCAAACUGCCUUCUAAUGAUGACUUUGUGUAUGAUGUCUACCUAUGUUUUAGUUCUAAAGAUAUGAAAUGGGUGACAAAGGCACUGUUGAAAAAGCUCGACACCCAGUUCUCUGAUCGAAACCAAUUACGUUGCUGCUUUGAAGCACGAGAUUUCAUCCCAGGAGAGGAUCAUCUAUCUAACAUACAUAACGCGAUCUGCAAGAGUAAGAAAACAUUAUGUGUCCUGUCCAGAGAGUUCUUUAAUGAUGGCUGGUGCUUGGAGGCCUUCAGUCUGGCACAGACCAAGAUGCAGAAAGAGGCCCAGGAUGUCUUACUCGUGCUUCUUGUGGACAACAUACCACAUUACAGACUGAUGAAAUACAAACCGGUCAGAACCUACUUCCAGACCAGGAGGUAUCUCUGCUGGCCGGAAGACAGCCAGGACUUGGAGUGGUUCUACAACCAUCUUAAACAUAGCAUAUUAAAGGACACCAAAGUAAAGCAAAUGAAGAAAGAUGUAAAGACAAACCAUGAAGGGACGAACUGUGAAGCGGUAACUGCUUUUUAGUAUCAGUGGAAAGACGUGAAAAAUGUCUAACAGAUGUGGCAGCUCAAUGUAUAUCCAUUACAAACGAAAUAAUCCACAAUAGAGCGUGCUGUGUAUUGAAAAAAACUGAAGAAAUUAAAGUCUGAAGAUAUGGUCUGUUUCCAAAUGGAGCUCUACACUUUAUUGUUUCAUAUACUUUUUUAUUGAUUUGAAAUUCUUACAAAAUUAUUUCAUGUUCAUGUUCACUUCCAUUAUAGCAUGUCCACUCUGUUUUUUUCUUGUAACAGAAUAAAAGUUUUUAUUUUUAAUUUUUAUGAAGGGAAUUAAUGUAAACCUGUGAUUUUGUUGCUGCAAUAAUGUACUGGGUCAGUAGUAAGGAAAGAUAAAAAAAACAAACUAAAUCGAUACCUUCUUAUCACAUUCGAAAAUUUAACAGCGCAGUGGUGUUAGCAAUGUUUAACCGGCUGUUGAUCCAGUCUAGUCAAUCAUCUACAAAUGGAGACCCCCAAAUGCAGGUAAUUAGAAAGUAAAAGCAACUUGGUUUCUGUGCCUCUCCUCUCUUCCUCCAUUUAUGUCCAAAUUAAAUUCUAAAAGUACUUUUAUCUAAAAAGAGGACUGAGCAACAGUCCAGUUCUUUUUGUCCUUAGCCUAAUUAAGACGCCCUUUGACGUUGUCUUUGGUUCAAGAGUGGUUUGACAUGAGGAAUGCAAAGGUUGUAGCCCAUGUCCUGGAUAGAGCUCACAUGUAGUCAGUAGAAACAUGCUAUUAUUUUUUUUUUCUGUGAGAGCACAAGCCACGGUGUUUUAUUCUUCAGUAUCCAUUUUGCUAACAUAUAUCACCUGACGGGUCACGGUCCGAUGCAGUGGAGUUUCCCACAGAAAGCCGAGACGAAACCACACACUCCUCCCCUAAAGACCCGAACCCACAAUGUCCUGAACCGCACCCAUCUGAGUCGCCCCCGCCCCUUUUUAGCUUUUAUCAGAUGAGCUGCAUUUUGUGGUUAAUUGCAUCCGCACUUGGUUAACAAGGUUGGUCCCUAACAGCAGCACGAAUGAUUGCUAAAGCAGCUUCAUUUAGUGCUCCUCCUAUCAAAUAUAGUCCUUAAGCUCUGAAGAGAAGCUCUAAGGGGCACU